AUUUGUCAUUUAAUUUAAGUUAUUUUUUUAGAAUUUAAAUAAAUUUCAAUUGAUUAAUAACAGAAAAAUUAUUGUGUUUGAAAUAGUUAAGUGAAAGUUUUGUAUUGACAUUAAUAAAAGACACCGCCCGAUUUUCGGUAUACUUGGUUACUCAUCUAAAUCAUUUUUUACUUUAUGAUGAUAGUGCCAGAGAAAUGAAAGGUUGUGUUGCAUUUUCUAAUUUAAAUUAAAACGAACUUUCUUGAUAUUCUGCAAAUUAUUACAUUUGUCAAUAUAAGGUAAACUAUUUCUGUUUGAAAAAUGGCCGAUUCCAGUGAUUUGGAUCGGCAAAUCGAGCAAUUGAAAAAAUGCGAAAUCAUAAAGGAAGCAGAAGUAAAGGCUCUUUGUUCAAAAGCCCGGGAGAUUCUUAUAGAAGAGAGUAAUGUGCAAAGAGUUGACUCUCCAGUUACUGUUUGUGGUGACAUUCACGGUCAGUUUUAUGAUCUGAAGGAAUUAUUUAAAGUAGGGGGUGAUGUUCCGGAAACGAAUUAUCUAUUUAUGGGUGAUUUUGUUGAUCGAGGCUUUUACAGUGUUGAAACGUUCUUACUUCUUCUUGCUCUCAAAGUUCGUUAUCCAGAUAGAAUUACAUUAAUCCGAGGAAAUCACGAAUCAAGACAAAUUACCCAAGUGUAUGGCUUUUAUGACGAGUGUUUAAGAAAAUAUGGCAGUAAUACAGUGUGGCGUUAUUGCACAGAGAUUUUUGAUUAUUUAUCAUUGUCAGCUAUUAUUGAUGGGCGAAUAUUUUGUGUUCAUGGUGGUUUGUCGCCUAGUAUACAAACACUCGAUCAAAUUCGCACAAUAGACAGGAAGCAGGAGGUACCUCACGAUGGACCAAUGUGUGAUCUUUUAUGGUCAGAUCCCGAAGAUACUCAAGGUUGGGGUGUAUCGCCUCGAGGAGCUGGUUAUUUAUUUGGCAGCGAUGUUGUAGCACAAUUUAAUUCUGCUAAUGACAUUGACAUGAUUUGUCGAGCUCAUCAGCUGGUAAUGGAAGGAUAUAAAUGGCAUUUUAAUGAGACUGUUUUAACCGUUUGGUCUGCGCCUAAUUACUGUUAUAGAUGUGGCAACGUGGCUGCGAUUUUAGAAUUAAACGAACUUCUUCAAAGGGACUUUACGAUAUUUGAAGCUGCACCACAAGAAAGCCGAGGAAUUCCAAGCAAAAAGCCACAAACUGACUACUUUUUGUGAAUGAAUCAAUAUUUUACAGCCAAUUUUUCUGGCUUAAUGGACAAUGAAGUUUUAAGAUUUUCAGUACAUCUCUAUAAAGCAUUUAUUCAAUUUUUAAAACAAAUUUUAAUGUUUCUCAUUGGAUGUAAAUUAACAUCAAAAAAAUUAUGUGUACAUAGUCAAUACUUAUAAUAUUCUAUUUAACACACACACAUGAUAAACUUCAAUUAAACUAAUAUUAAAUAUAAUAAAAUAUAAUUGAAAAUAUAUGCAUCUAUAUAACGUUCUUUAUGUAACUGAAAAAGAAAAAUUCAUUUUCAAUUCAAAUUUUCUAUUGUGUUUAAAAAAAAAAAAAGAUGUUAUGUACCUUUUUUUCUGACGAUGAUUAUAGAGAGAAAUUUGUACUGAAAAUCAUAAGACAGAGAUUUAUUUCAUUAAAUUGUUAUUAUAAUCGGAGUUUGAAGUUAAGUGUGUCUUUCGUGACUCAUUGUGUAUCUUCAAAAUUUUUUGUACUGUAUACAAGAGAAUGUCUGAGUUAAUAGUAUUUAGUUAACUUGAAAAUAUAACGCGUCAGAGUAAGUCGUUUUUUUUUCUUUUUAAAAAUGCAUAUCUGUAGUUCGAUUUUAUGAAAUUAAUAAUUUUUUUUUCCCUCGCUUAGUUUUGACUGAAUUUUUAUCGAAUAAAAUUAAUGACAGAAA